AUGCUCCCUCCCACAGUGACAGACUCCAUUGGGUCCCUGCAUACGAAAACACAUUUUUCACCUGUGCCGCUAUCAGUGCUGAAGGGCGACUCUCCGGUAAUUUUGGGUGUCGAUGAAGCAGGAAGAGGUCCUGUACUGGGACCCAUGGUGUACGGUAUCAGCUACUGCACAAGUCAGUACCAAGAUGAAGUGUUGAUCCCACACUACGACUUCGACGACUCGAAGAAACUAACAGAUGCGGUUCGUAGAGACUUGUUCCAUAAGAUGUACGAGACAAGAGACAUUGAAGAUGUUGGGUAUGCCACUACAGUCAUUACACCAACGGACAUCUCUAGUGGGAUGCUGAGGUUUCCGCCCUCAAAGAAUUACAAUUUGAACCAGCAGGCUCAUGAUGUGACCAUGGAUUUAAUUAAAGGUGUCCUAGAUAGAGGUGUUCAAUUGAGUCACGUUUACGUGGACACUGUGGGUCCACCAGCUAGCUAUCAGAAAAAAUUGGAGGAUAGGUUCCCCGAGGUGGGUGCAUUCACGGUGGCUAAGAAGGCCGAUUCGUUGUAUUGCGUGGUUAGUGUCGCUAGUGUUGUGGCUAAAGUAACAAGAGAUAUACUAGUGGAAUCAUUAAAACGAUCUGAUGAUGAAAUAAUAGGGUCAGGGUACCCAUCGGACCCCAAGACCGUUAAAUGGUUAAGGGAAACGCAAACUCCAUUGUUUGGGUGGCCCAUAGAAAUGGUCAGGUUCUCCUGGCAGACUUGUCAGACGUUGAUGAAGGACGGUAAUAAUGGAUCGAUACCAAUCGAGUGGGAGGAAGAUUUUAUAAAUUCCAAGAAAAAUAUGGCCCAACAAUGGACCCUCGAUGACCAGAAUUCGAAGAAGGUGAUCACCCUAGACAGUUGGUUCAUAUAG